UGAGAAAAUUUUUCAAAAAAUUGUAGAAAUCAUAAGUGAAAAGGCUUCAAAAAAGUUGAAUAAAGAUUGAAAUAGUGCAAUGAUGUGCUAAGUGUUUUAGGAUUAUAAAUAUUUGAAAGAAAAUAUGGAUUUACGGCAUUUUCUUUUUAUUUGCGGGUUGUUCAUUUCUGUGAUUCUAGAAAUAUCUUGCUCUAGUUUUUCUAAUCCAUACCAAAUAUUGGGAGUUGACAAGAGAGCUACCCUUCCUGAAUUAAAGAGGGCAUAUAAGCAGUUGGCAAAAGAAUGGCAUCCUGAUAAAUCUGAUCAUCCGGAUGCUGAAAAAAAAUUCAUCGAGAUCAAGCAAGCAUACGAGCUUUUAUCGGAUGUGGAAAGAAGAAAAGCUUAUGACGGUCAUGGAAUAACAAAUGAAGAUUAUCUUGAAAAUAUGUACGCUCGAUAUCGUGAACAAAAAAACAAACAAAUGUACAAUAAUUUCGCUCGAUAUAAUCCUGAUAGUCCUAUAAAUGACUAUUUUCCACCUAAAAGGAAUUAUGAGGAAGUGCCAGAUAACACCAUGUACCAUAAACUGUCCAUUACCACAAGAUAUUAUGAAACAAAUGUUUUACCUAAAAGCAAACACUCACCGCACCUCUUAAUAUUCUACACAGAUUGGUGCUUUAGUUGCUUGAAAAUUUCCCCUGCUUUUAAGAAGGUAAUCGAAGCACUUGAGAGUUUAGGAGUUGUAAUGGCAUCUGUCAAUCUUGCUCAUGAAAAUCAAUUAGCAAGAAAGGCAGGAGUCAGCGGUGUACCGAAUCUUGUCUUAGUUGUUGAUGAACAUCCUUAUGUUUAUAAAGGAACCAUCACAAAUGUGCAAAUGGUUGUUGAUUUCGUAAGGAAUAAGUUACCAUACAAACUUGUUACUCCUGUUGAUGAUGAGAAAUGUGACGAAUUUUUGAAAGGAUGGCACGAUAACAAAGUUAGAGCUUUAAUAUUUGAACCUCGUCAACAGCCUCGUCUUCGUUAUCUUCUGACGGCAUAUUUUUUUAACAGUCGUGUUCACUUUGGAUUUGUGCAAACAUUGAAUAAGGAAUCAAGCAAAAUAAUUGAACGUUACAAAGUUAAUCCAAAACUUGACACGGUUUUGCUUUUUAAAGAAGAUUCCUUGAGACCAGUUGCUAGUAUUUCAAUGAGUGAAAUAAAAUCAGCAACUUUAGCUAACAUAAUUUCAUCAAAUCAAUACUUAGCUUUGCCACGAUUAUCUUCACAAGGAAUGAUGGAUGGAAUUUGCCCAGCUGAGUGGCAUCUUCCUCACAAGAGACUCUGCGUGAUUUUAGUCACUGAAAAUUCUGUUCAACAUGAUUAUGCUCGACAAGUUUUACGUCGUGUUGCGAUUGAAUCGAAUCAUACCGCAGAACAAGUUAAAUUUGCUUACAUUUAUAAGGACAAACAGAAAGAUUUUGUAAGAGCUAUAAGUACAAAUAACAAACCAGAUGAUGCGCUUUUGAAAGUCGUUAUAAUUUGGCGUCGAGACAGAAAGCAUCUUAAAUAUGUCUGGAUAGAAGAUCUAAAAUUAGACGAAUCAAAUGAUAUUGGUGAGGAUGAAGAUAAUUUCAAUAAGACGAAGCAGAAAAUUGAUGAAACAAUUGAAAAACUGAUAAAGUCAUUUGAAUCAUUGUCGCAUGAAGUUGAAGUAAAGGAUUUAUUUGAUGAACAUUCACAAAAUCUUGCCACUCGUGUCAUCAAAAGGAUUAUUAUCGGCAUCGAUUAUAUGUAUGAUAGCUUAGGAAAUGAGCACAUCUUCCCUGCAAUAUCUGCUAUCGGAACUGUUCUGUUCAUAUUAGGAGUCGGUUAUCUGAUGACUUAUCUCGUUAAAAUGGAAGAAGAAAAUAUACGAAAACUGGGAUAUAUUUCUACGAAGAAACAUCAAAUGGAAGCUGACAAGAAAACUGCCAUGCCUGAACUUCGAAUUCAUGAAAUGAGAGCUGAAAAAUAUAAUGGAUUGGUUCGAUUGCUGAAACCUGGAUGUAGAACAAUUAUUCUCAUUACCGACACAAAAUCAAGACCAAAGCUUUUACCUGGUUAUCACAAAGCCAUUUGGCCAUAUCGAAAGAAUAAAACAUUGCUGUUUGGAAUUUUGGCAAUUGAAAGAGGCGUGAGUUGGUAUUCGGAACUUUUAAGAUUGUCCAUGACCGAGUCAAGAGAUCUUAUAAUAAAUCCUAGAAACUGUAUUGGAACUGUUCUAGCAUUGAAUGGUCAUCGUAAAUAUUUCUGCGUGUACCAUGCAAAGCAUCCUGAAACAAGUCGUGGAACAAAACGUAUGCUUCAAAUGGCAAAACGAUUGAGCUUUGAAUACGGAGACCCAGAAGCUGGAGCUUUCUUGGGUUUGGAAAGUGACGACUCAUCCGAUCAAGCAACUGAAGCAAUCGAUGACUCAAAAAUUCUUUUGGAAGAGAAUCUUUUAGAUGGGUUGAGUAACUGGUUAGAUCGUCUCUUCGAAGGAUCAACACAUCGUUAUUUCAUUAACUACUGGCCAGAUUUUCCAACAAAAUAAACUUGUUUAAAUUAUUAAAAUGAAUUAUUAUUAAUCUUUCUACCUUUAAUAUUCAUUAUAAAGGAAUGCUGAUUUUAAAGAUCUCUUUCAUGAAAUUUAUGUCACAAACUAGUCAAUAAUUUAAAAAUUAAUUUAUGUUGCCGCCAAUGACCAAACUAUAAAAUUCAGGAUAAAAUUUCAUCACAUCUCAAGCCAAAUCAUCUGACACCCGCUAAAUAAUUAAAUAAGUAGUUUCAUGUAAUUGAUAUUUGUUAAAAUCUGUAAAGUAUCCUUUUUAAAAAUUGUUGAUUAUGAUCCUUGUCAAGAGUGAAAAGGAAGUUUUCUUGGUAAUUGAAGCUUGAGUAAACUUCAGUUCUCUCUGAGACAUCGAAAUAUCAACAAGGAAUUAAUAAAAAUAAUUAAAAAACGUAAGCAUU